UUAGGGUUUUGAGGUCGCCAUAAAAUGAGAAACGUAGUGUAAAAGCCUAGAUUACCAGAGCGGAGAAGAGAAGAGAAGAGAGGAGAAGGAGACAGUGAAGAACCAUGGUGCACGUUAACUUCUACAGGAACUAUGGGAAAACCUUCAAGAAACCUCGUCGUCCGUACGAGAAGGAACGUUUGGAUGCUGAGUUGAAGCUUGUCGGAGAGUACGGUCUUCGGUGCAAGAGGGAACUGUGGAGGGUUCAGUACGCUCUCAGCCGCAUCCGUAACAAUGCGAGGAAUCUCCUAACCCUAGAUGAGAAGAACCCCCGUCGGAUCUUCGAGGGUGAAGCCCUUCUCCGUAGGAUGUUCCGUUACGGGCUCCUCGAUGAAACACAGAACAAGCUCGAUUAUGUGUUGGCUCUCACCGUUGAGAAUUUUCUCGAGCGUCGCCUUCAAACCCUUGUCUUCAAAUCCGGCAUGGCUAAGUCUAUUCACCAUGCUAGAGUCCUCAUCAGGCAGAGGCACAUCAGGGUUGGAAGGCAGGUGGUGAACAUCGCAUCAUUCAUGGUGAGGGUUGAUUCACAGAAGCACAUUGACUUUUCACUCACAAGUCCACUUGGUGGUGGUCGUCCUGGAAGGGUGAAGAGAAAGAACCAGAAAGCAGCUGCUAAGAAAGCUGCUGGUGGAGAUGGAGAUGAGGAGGAUGAAGAUUAAAUUAUGAGUAUAUGUCUUUUGCUAGUGCUGAUAUCUUGCGCGAGAUUUUAUUAAUGUUGGGGGUAGACUUUUUAGAUUUCUGUCAUGCUAGACUCUAAUUUUGUUUCCAACCUUGUUUCUUGUUUGAGGAAAAUCUUUGCCCGGGAUGUUGAUUUUAAAGUGUUCAUUUUAAAGUAUUUAAGUUUUGAUCCAAUGGCUAUUUGGUCUCUGGUAUGUCCGCUACUCGCAUCAUCUACUAAUAAAUUG